CUGUCCCGUAAUGAGUUAGUCGCAGCGUCCCGCAUGAGCGCACUACUGCCAUUCCCACCUCUUCUCUGGGCUUCUUUAUCAAUUAUCGAGGACGGUUCACUUUUCGAACCUGAAUCAAGCCUGCUCAAUUCAAUAUGUCUAGCAGAAAGAUUUGGGAGACCACCGAGGUGAUCAUCUGCGGCUGCGGUCCUACAGGGGCGAUGCUAUCCGCGUAUCUCGGUCGCAUGGGCAUCCGCAACAUCGUGAUCGAGAAAGAGGCUAAUAUCACCACCGAUCCUCGAGGUAUUGCAUUGGACGAAGAUGGAAUACGCUUGGUCCAGGGAUUAGGUUUGUAUGACUGGAUCUACACGGAAAUCGGAACAUGCAUGGGAGAAUUCAAGUUCAUCAGCGGCACCGAAAAGGACCUACACAAGCCUCCUAUUCUCGAAAUCGUGCACAAUGCGCCCGCUGGUACCUCAGGACAUGUCGGGUACAUUGGCCACAAGCAGCCGGUGCUCGAGAGCAAGCUGAGGAGCGCCAUCUCUCCCACGUGCUGUUCCCUGCGAUGUGGAUCCACGAUUGUCGGCAUCAAGGAGGACAAGGACUGGGUAUACUGCACGUACCACAACGCGGAUGGAAAGGACCAUAACGUGCGCGCCCGGUAUCUGGUUGGUGCAGACGGCAAGACGGGGUACACACGCAAACAAUACCUUGAGCCACGAGGGGUCAUGAUGGAGAAGUUUCAUGAGGCUUUUUACGAAGAGACAUGGGUCGCACUGAACUGGAAGAUGACCCUCCCGACACCCGAGACACAUCCCAGCUUCCCUUUGUGGGAAUUAGGAUACAAACCUAAGCAGGUAUACGACUUGUUCUUCCCAUCGGAGUUCCGCUUUCUAUGCAACCGGGAGAGACCGGCGGUUUGUGGUCGCUUUGGUCUUCCAGAAGACAGACUAUGGAGAUUCGAGUAUCUUGUCGAUCGCAGUGAAAAUGGAGAUCGUAUGGCUGAACCAGAGGAGAUGAGGCGGAUCGUGCUUCCUUACCUGACGCACAGAGGCAGUCGAUACAACCUCGAUCAAGACGUGCAAUUCCCUGAGGACUGCAUCACUGUUCUUCGUUGUCGCCCUUUCAAGUUCUCGUCCCGCACAUGCAAUGUAUGGGCUAAGGAACGGGUGAUUCUGUGCGGUGAUGCAGCGCAUGUCUUUCCACCUUUCGGUGGUCAGGGAAUAGUAUCAGGCUUCCGCGAUGCAAUCUCCCUAUCAUGGCGCCUUGUGGUGCUCUGCCGAUAUCAACCAUACAAGCGCAACCACGAGAGGGUAUUAGCCGCAUGGUACCUUGAACGCAAGCAGCAACUCAGAGUAUCCCUGGCCACGACGGUCCGCAACGGCGAACUGGUAUGCGAAAGAAAUCUGCUGAAGACCCUCCUCCGCGACUGGGCUCUUUGGUUCAUGCAGCUCUUCCCAAUGUAUCGAGAUCGGCUACAACGUGGCGGUCGCAAGACGGCAACAUUUCAACUCAGACAUUCUGAAGGCAUGCCCUUCAUCCCCGAUCUGAACGGAGGAAUCUACAUGCCUCAGGUAUACUGCCGAACCGCUACCGGCAGGAUCUGCUUUACCGAUGACGCUAUCUACCGUGCUGGCAGCAGAUCUCUGUUUCGCGUGUUUAUCUACCUCCAGAGCAGUGCUGAAAUUGCUUCCGCGACGGAGGCAUUGCACGGCAUUGAGUGCUGGUCUCGAGGAGAGUUCGACAGUCACAACAUCCCCAUAAUCGUGGAAAAUAUGGCCUCGACAGACAUUAUUCAGAUGUCCAACGUGUUCCAGAUCGCCAGCGCAGAGGAGUUCUCCAGGUCACCGCUAUGCAGCCAACGCCCUGUACCUUUAUCGUAUAAUCCGUUCCUAAUUCGCAAGAGAGUGCAGGGAACAUUCGUGGUUGUCCGACCGGACAGGUUUGUCUUCGCAGCUUGCAAUGAUCGGGGCGAGUUGAAAGAGGCGGUGGAGUGUAUGGCCAGGUAUCUCUACGGUGAGAUCUAGCUUGGCUUUGGUGUCGCCAGUCGCCUCAUCUACCCUCAAUCAAUACAUGUAGACACCAUAUAGAUAUCGUACAUACUCUCCUUUAUAUCACAAAGCUGUUGACCUUCCAACGCAAGCAAAGGUUCAACCUCUGCGGCCGGCGACACGGCCAUCAACUCCGCGUUUCAAAAGCAGCGGCCAAACACCGCGG